AUGCGCAAGUUUGCCGUGCCACGGUUGUCUUCAUCACCGUAUCGCUUGGGUAUACUCUUGAGUGGUAGACGCAGCUGUGCGUCUUCCUCCUCUGCGAACGCCGGUGCCAGCUCCAGUGGGGGCGGCAGUGGACCCACCAUCGCACCGAAGAAGCCAAGGCGGCGCAUCUCUGCGAGCAUAGACGCCUCUUCCCUCCUUGACCGUGUCCCUCGGGACCCUGGGGCGCAUGCCGAGCUCUCGACAGCUGAGCUGGAACGCAAGCUAGAAGAAUGGUCCAAGAUGAACCCACAACAACUUCAGGAGUUAUAUGAGCGUCUCGAGAAACAGGAGGAAGAAGAGAAUCGCGUACUGGUGGAGGACUCAUUGUAUCAAAUGGAUGUGUCAAUGCGGGAUCGCUCUGCGGCCGCCGUGCGUGUCUUUUGGAGGGAUGUGGAUGUGGGUCAGCUUGACGGUUAUGAAGGGUGGUAUACGGUCUUGGUGGAUGGACGCAAAGUAAAGGCAUUUGAGUCUAACAACGUUCUUGCCAUUCCGAGUGAAGCCAUGGCAUACGCCUGUGCACGGGAGUAUGCGGAGCAAACGGUGUAUCUCAAUAAGCUGUUGAUGCCAAUGACGGACAUGUGCAGCGGGGCACUAGCCGUUGCCCCACAGAUGAUUGCCCCGCGUGUGGACUACUUGAUGUCGUUCUACCAGAAUGAUAACAUGUACUUCCGUGCCGCCCCCAUUGCGGGGGAGCAGGAUCGCGUAAUUGGACCCAUUGCAGACUGGUUUGCACACGCUUUUAACGUAAAUGUGCCCCGAAUCGUGGGCAUUGGUCACCCGCAAAUUCCUGCAGGUUCCACGCUUAAGGUGCGCGAUGCACUGUUGGCGAUGUCGAUGAAUCCAUAUCAGAUCGUGGCGCUGUGCGUGGCGGCCCAAUUCACCAGCAGUCUGCUCCUUCCUCUCGCGAUGUUUAACGGCAUUGUUGAUCUUCCAACGGCGUUGUCAAUCAACUCGUCGGAGGAGCGGCAUAACACUUCCGUUGAGGGAGUCAUUGAGGGCUACCACGACAUUAGAGAGGCGGAUGUUGUCACAAAACUCUGUGCGUGUGCCGUGACCUGGCAGUUGAUGAAUCAAAUUCCGAUCUCAAAGUGUAUGGAGGUGGCACGCAUUAACGUUGCGAGUGAGGCACUUUGA